UCCAGGGGGUUUGGCGCCAAAUUGCAAAUUGCACAAAGAAAGGGCUCUUUUCCAGUCUUAAGGCUGCAAGGAAAUGAGUGCUGGCCAGGGACCACAGACCAGCAUCCCCAAUGGGAUAGCCUACCAACCUUUCUUCCUGUUUCUACUCAACUGAAUUUAAAUUUGGUGUAAAGAGACCUCUUACUGGAAAAAGCAAUUCAGAUUUUUGACAGGUUGAGAUGUCUCAGAUGAUCCAAGUCUCCCACUAAUGAAAAGCCUUCAUACAUUGCUGGUGGUAUGAUGUAUCCCUACUUGUGCUCUGGGUAUUCUCUUAAAUAUCAUGCACAGACUGGUACAAAGGUAUAGCUGUGAGAUGACCUGUAAAAAACGUGAUGACUAUUUAGAAUGGCCUGAAUAUUUUAUGGCUGUUGCUUUCCUCUCAGCACAAAGAAGCAAGGAUCCACAUUCUCAGGUUGGUGCUUGUAUUGUGAAUUCAGAAAACAAGAUUGUUGGGAUUGGCUACAAUGGCAUGCCUAAUGGAUGUAGCGAUGACUUGCUACCUUGGACAAGAACAGGCGACAGUAAACUUGACACUAAAUAUCCCUACGUGUGUCAUGCUGAACUGAAUGCCAUAAUGAACAAGAACUCGGCUGAUGUGAAAGGCUGCAGCAUGUAUGUUGCCUUGUUUCCUUGUAAUGAAUGUGCAAAGCUCAUCAUCCAGGCAGGUAUCAAAGAAGUUAUUUUUAUGUCUGACAAAUACCAUGAUACUCCAGAGAUGACAGCUGCUCGGCGCUUGUUUGAUUUAGCUGGAAUUAUAUACAGGAAAUUCAAACCAAAGUGCAACAAGAUAGUCAUUGAUUUUGAUUCAAUUAACAGCAGACCAAGUCAAAAGCCUCUGAGAAAACCAUAAGAAACAAAAAAUUUACUGAAUUGAAAGUCUCAACUUAUUCUGUUGGUGUUGCCUGGAGUAGAAAAAGAAGCCAUAUUUAUAGAAGAAGAUAUCCACGAGUUCUUUAUCCAUAGAUUCAAGUAUCCAUGGUUUGAAACUAUUUUAAAAUAUAAAUUCCAGAAAGCAAA